AUGUAUCAAAACAAGAGUGUAACUGAGUUCAUAUUCCUAGGAUUGACAAGUGAUCCUUUGAGGCAGAAAAUAGUGUUCGUAAUCUUCUUAAUUUUCUACACUGGAACUGUGGUGAGAAAUUUGCUCAUUAUUGUGACCAUCAAGUUCAGCCGGACCCUUGGGAGUCCCAUGUACUUCUUCCUUUCUUAUUUGUCCUUUGCUGACACCUGCUUUUCAACUUCCACAGCCCCUAGAUUAAUUGUGGACACUCUCUCUACAAAGAAAGUCAUAUCCUACAAUGACUGCAUGACUCAAGUCUUUGCACUGCAUUUCUUUGGCUGCUUGGAGAUCUUUGUCCUCAUCCUCAUGGCUGUUGAUCGCUAUGUGGCCAUCUGUAAGCCCUUGCGUUACCCAACCAUUAUGAGACAACAGGUGUGCAUCAUCUUGAUUACUCUGGCCUGGAUUGGGUCUUUGAUACAUUCCAUAGCCCAGAUUGCCCUGGUCUUGACACUGCCCUUCUGUGGACCCAAUUUGAUUGAUCAUUAUUGCUGUGAUUUGCAGCCCUUAUUAAAACUUGCCUGUAUGGAUACUUAUACGAUCAACCUACAGUUGGUGGCCAAUAGUGGGGCCAUUUGCUCAAGUAGCUUUGUGCUUCUGAUGAUCUCAUACUUUAUUAUCUUGCGUUCACUGAGAAAUCACAGUGCAGCUGGGAGGAGAAAAGCCCUUUCCACUUGCACCUCUCACAUCAUUGUAGUUAUCUUAUGCUUUGGUCCAUGUACAUUCACAUAUACACGUCCACCAACCACCCUCCCCAUGGACAAGAUGGUGGCAGUAUUUUAUACCAUUGCAACACCUUUUCUCAACCCACUCAUCUACACACUAAGGAAUACAGAAGUGAAAAAUGCCAUGAGAAAGUUAUGGUUGGUCAAAAUUACCUCAGAAGGCAAAUGA